UUGAUCGAGUAAAGUUUCAAAUCAGUUAAAAACUUCGCUGAGCACAAAAACACCAAAAAAUGCGAUUCUUAAUUGUCGUUGCUCUUGUGGCCUUUUUGGCUGUUAACCUUGUGGCUGCUCGACCAGCAGAGGAUGAGGAGUCCUCCGUCCAGGAUAACACCAAUGAGGAUUCGUCCAGCAAUGAUGGCGAGGAAGAACCUGCUGUUGAAGAAAGUCAGGAUUCUGGAAGUGAGGAUAACCAGGAUGAAGAAAAUAGCGAGGACAAUCAGGAGGAGUCAGAUAAUGAAUCGAUCGGCGAUGAUGAGGAAGAUAACAACGGAUCUGAUUAUAAUACCGAAUCGGAUAGUAACAACGAUUCAGAAGGCGAUCAGGAGCAGGAUGCUCCACCCAAGAAGCAGAUUCGACCAUUCGGACCUCUUCUCAUCCAAGCAAGGCCCCUUUUCCUCGAAUAAUAACAAUAGUUCUUAAAAUAUCUAUAAACUAUAAACAUUAAACAAAAUGCUUUAAAAUUAUACUACAAUUAAAACAGUAAAUAAAUUAAAGCAAUAUAUGACGAUCGAUUUGAAAAAACGCCACAAAGUAUAUAGCACUUUUUGCAGAAUUUCUUUAGCUUGAGGGGCUUGUCUACACAGUUAAAAAAAUUAUAAAGAAUGAAUACACUUUCCUAGCAUGAGUUUUAAAAAAAAUGCAAUUUUGCUUUAUUUUAAGUUUUUAAGUAUAACAGUUUUUGUUUUAAAUAAUUUGAUUUUGCUUCUAUUUCUUGGUGUAUUAACAUAUAUUAAUAUAUUAAUUGUAAAAUAACAAAACACAAGUAAAGCUGUAUAUUAUAACCACAA